ACCACCAAUCGUAGAUUGUUUUCGUUCCUGUCUUAGUUUCCAUUUCGCUCCAUUUGAGGACCAAAUCGCCGAGAGUAUCCCCAACCAUUGCUGACUCGUUUGUUGUUGACGCUAAACCCCCGAGAACUAGUUACUGCCGUGGAUCACUUUCCCCAAAGUGACUCGCAGGGGCCCGCGGGGUAAAAGCCGCCGAGUUGGCGGCUCCACAUGAGGUUGAAAUAAAAUGGAUUACCAAUGAGAUCAUGCUUGAUUCUCAUCAUGCUCUUUUGAAGUAGAUACGUGAAGUAUUGUUAUGUGUUGUGCAAGAUGGCGGGAGACAAGUUGAUCCGUGCUGAGGAAUUGGUGAAGCACACCUCGCCAGAGAGCUGCUGGGUGGUGCUGUACGGCAACGUCUACGACGUGACAGAAUUUCUGCCCUCACACCCGGGCGGCUCCAAGAUCAUUCUGCAACUUGCAGGCCAGGAUGCCACCGAGGAAUACGAUCCAAUCCAUCCCCCGGGACUUCUCGAAGAGAACCUAAAGCCUGAGGCGAAAUUAGGCAGGAUCGACCCCGAUACACUUGUCACCACCACAACGGCAAACGAGGAACCGAAGAUGUCCGACGGAGAUGUUGCAGAUCCACCGCUUGAGAGCCUGCUCAACCUCGAUGAGAUUGAGGAGCUCGCUACCAAGAAGAUGCCCAAGAAGGCUUGGGCAUAUUAUUAUUCAUCGAGCGACGAUCAAUUUUCGAAGAGAUACAAUAAUCAAGUUUACCGGAAUAUACUCCUAAGACCGCGAGUGUUUCUCGAUUGCGUCAGCUGUGAUUCAUCGACUACAUUGUUGGGGCAAAAGGUUGGCCUUCCUUUAUUCGUGGCUCCGGCGGCCAUGGCGAGGUUAGGCCAUCCCGACGGUGAGGCUGGUAUUGCUCGCGCAGCAGCGAAGUUCGGCGCAUUGCAGAUUAUCUCCAACAAUGCAUCAAUGACGCCGGAGCAAAUCGUGGCGGACGCAGCGCCGGGCCAAAUGUUCGGUUGGCAGUUGUAUGUGCAGAAUGAUAGGGAUAAGAGCUUGGCCAUGUUGGCACGCAUCAACAAGAUGUCGGAUAAGUUCAAGUGCAUCGUCCUGACACUAGAUGCGCCCGUGCCUGGCAAGAGAGAGCUCGAUGAAAAGCAAAACUUUGCCAACGCGGCACCCGUCGCGGCUGCGGCCAAGACCUCUGGCGAGCCAAGUCGGCCAGGCGGAGGAGGCGUCGGUCAGCAGUUGUUUUUUGGUACUGCUGCGGAUCUAACGUGGAAGGUUACGCUGCCAUGGUUGGCACAGCAUACAAACUUACCAAUUGUCUUGAAGGGCCUCCAGACACACGAGGAUGCGUACAUUGCGGCAAAAUAUGCCCCACAAGUACAGGCAGUUAUUCUGUCUAACCACGGAGGUCGUGCUCUUGAUACAGCUCCUCCUGCAAUUCACACUCUUCUUGAAAUCCGGAAAUACUGCCCCGAUGUCCUGAAGAAGAUCGAGGUUUGGGUUGAUGGUGGCGUCAAGCGAGGAACAGAUGUUGUGAAGGCAUUGUGUCUUGGCGCCAGGGGCGUCGGCAUCGGUAGAGCCGCUCUAUUUGGCCUUGGUGCCGGUGGACAGGCUGGGGUCGAGAGAACGUUCGAAAUUCUCAAAGCUGAGAUAGAAACGUGCAUGAGGCUGCUUGGCGCACCAAAUGUCGAUGCGCUUGGGCCGCAGCAUAUCAACACUCGUAUGGUCGAGCGGGAUAUUUAUGAUGGUGAUUCUAACCUCGAGAAUGGGCUUUGGGCACCGAAAGCGAAACUGUGAUGGGAAACGUUGUGGGAACUAUUAACAUGGUGGCUUAAACUCACAACGAUCUAAGAUUUGUAUAUGCUUGUUAC